AUGGAGCAGGACCAACUGACGGCGAUGACGCCGGCGCAGAAGAAACUAUUCGAGCUGCGCAUGAAGAUGAACGCGGGGAGGAAGGCGAAUAAGCAGGAAGUGGCAGCGGAGCACGACCGCGUCAAGAACAAUAACAACAAGGCCAAGAAGCAGGAGCAGUACAAGAAGAGAGAGGAGAAGAAGCUGGUUGCAGCGAGUGGUAAAGCUCACCUUACCGAGACAGCCGAGGUAGCUGAAAUGAAGGCAAAGAAGGCUAGCAAGAAGGAGAAGAGGAAAGCUGCCUUCGGGUGGGACGUAUUUAACCAAGACUCGUUGUACAAGGGCUACAAGAAGCGAUUAGUGAACUUGCCCACGUCAGAAGGCCCUGCUACAGCUGUUGUGACAACAAGUGAAAAUGCGCUCGGUGACGAGCUCGCCUACGGCAAGGACGAUAAAGUUGAGGAGGCGAACGUGGAGCGCAUGGCGAUGGAGCUGGAGGAACGCAUCAAGGCACGCAAGAAAUUCAGCCGCCGGCGCCAACAUUACGAAGGCGAGGACGUCGACUAUAUCAACGGCCAGAAUCGUACAUUCAACCGCAAAUUGUCGCAGGCCUUCGACAAGUACACGGUGGAGAUUCGGCAAAAUCUCGAGCGCGGUACCGCUCUGUAGUCCUCCGACAGCCAGAAGCCUCAAUUCAUCUCAUUAUUUGGUGCA